UAUAAACUUUAACAAUGCAUAAUUUGAUUAUUUCACUGUUCAUAGUUAUUGCGACGGCUUCACGACAAUCAGUUACUUUGGAGGACGGGUCGAACGACCGCUCCUGUCCUUUUAUCCAGUGUGCUCGUCUAGAGCUACUCUGCGGAGGUGUUUAUACUGCCGAUCUGUUUUUUAAGUACAAGGACGGGCUGACCUCCAUCAAUGCGCCUUACAGAGUAUUUUACCAAAUCCAGGAUGGGUUAUAUUUCCUGAUGGUGUGCUUCAACGACUCUCCACUGCAAAGGUGCAACAGUACGAUCCUGCUGAACGAUGAUCUCAAAUUCUUCUGCGGAGACGUUAAAAUUCCUUUGGGAUUGCCCGGUUCCCAGAUAUUCUGCCACAAGAACAUAAUGAACUAUGUGAAUGACUUGCUGUGCGAGUGCACGAAGCCGAGGCUUCCACGUUUUUUGAUUUGGCAAUGGGAGGGAGAGGCUGCGAUCCAUUACGCUUCCAAGUCAGAGGAGCUGCCGACGGAACUGGUGUCUUCUGCGGGACGGUCAUCUGGUGGUGCACUGCUGCCCUGCCUGGUGGGUGCCUUGCUUCAAAAGUGAUAUUUCAGUCAUCUGUCAUUCGAAAUAUUUUUCGACUUCACGUCUGUGUAAAAUGCGAUUCUGCUCCAUGUUCGUGCUCCUGUACAUAGUGCGAAAGCUGGAAAAGGCUCAGGGAGGAUGCGAUCUCACAGGAAGGCUGGGGACGGAAAGAUCUCCAACUCGACUGCCACAGACGUCGUUAUCGCAGGGACGCCUGAAUAAAGAGCUUUUCCGCUGCCUGCUCAAAAUUUUUCUCAAGUGAUUUUUGUUAUGUUCUCCUGUUAAUCAAUAAAAUUUAAGAAG